AGAGGCACAAAACCAAGGUGGCCAACUUGGCUUGGCCCUCAUCUCCUCUCUUCUCCUCUCUUCCCCAAACAAGAUCUCGCCUCUCCCUGUCAUGGCGGAUAAUUUAAUCUCACCACCCCCUCCUGCUCUGUUUUAUUAUCCUCGCUGCACCCAUCCCGCCAUGUCCUCUCAGUCUCUCUCAUCUCCAGCCUCCUCUCCUUUUUCAACCUUUGACGCUGUAGCUUGAGAGCAAGCUUAGCGCCAACCAGAUUCCUGAGCGCUGCUCUGCUCUGGUCUCCCAUAGGCUUUGCUAUGCAGGUGCGCUGCGACUUCUGCGGCGCCGCGCCGGCCGCCGUGCUCUGCUGGGCCGACGAGGCCGCGCUCUGCUCCGCCUGCGACCGCCGCGUCCACCGCGCCAACAAGCUCGUCCACAAGCACCGCCGCAUCCCGCUCGUCCAGCCCGCCUCCGGCAACGUCUCCGACGCCGACGCCGAUGCCGCCGCGCCGCUCUGCGACGUCUGCAAGGAGCGGAGGGGCCUCGUGUUCUGCGUGGAGGACCGCGCCAUCCUGUGCCCCGACUGCGACGACCCCAUCCACAGCGCCAACGACCUCACCGCCAAGCACACCCGCUUCCUCCUCGUCGGGGCCAAGCUCUCCGCCGAGCUCGUCGACCAGGCGCCCGCCUCCCCUGACGACGACGACGACGACGACGACGCCUGCGGCCGCGACACCAGAGCCGCCGCCGAGCCCGACGCUGUGCCCGCCCUCGGCGCGCAGGGCUCCUGCGCGGCCAAGGCCUCGGCUCUUGAGUCCGGCAGCGUAGGCGGCGGCAGCAGCAUCUCCGACUACCUCACCAACAUCUGCCCCGGCUGGCGCGUCGACGACCUCCUCUUCGACGACCCCGCGUUCUCAGCGGCAUCGAAGGCCAGCGGCUACAGCGACGACGGCCACGAGCAGGUGCCGUCCCUGGACGCCGAUCUGUUCGACGUGGUGGCCGGCGGCCGGCCGGGGAAGCGCGGCGGCGUGUGGUCGACCGGCGCCGGAGCGCUGGGCUUCGACAAGGCGACGCCGGCGUCCGUCGUGGCCGUCCCGACGCAAGGGUUCGUGAGGGAGAUGAGCUGGAACUCCGACAGCGACAGCGACGUGUUCGCGGUGCCGGAGUUCCCGCACCCGCCGCCGGCCAAGAAGGCGCGGCCGGCGCCGGCGUCGACUUUCUGGUGCUUCUGAGCUGUCUCUACUGUAUCAGUCCGGUCCGGCCUGUGUGUACUUGCCCGUGCGUGUGUGUGAGCUUAUUGCUGUUGUUACUGCAUAUAUACUUACCAGUUACCACUAGUAGCUAGAGGCGCUUAAUCCAAGUUAAUUAAGUUUACUGCAGUUUAUGUCAUGGCUUGAUCAUGAGGUAAUAUCGUCAUUACCGUAUUGUAAACUUUUGUUGUGUCAUGUAUGUUAUGUAUGCCACCUCGCUCCUUGAUCUUGAGGUGACAAAAAGCUUUGAAUUACCAAUCUCAAGUUGACUUUUUUUA